AUGAUUCACAUCAGCCUGAGGAAAAAGCUCAGCUACUGUGUUCUCCUGGCCUUUUUCCUAUUUGCGAUCAUCUGUGUGUGGAAAGAAAGGAAGAAAGGGAGUUACUUUGAAUCCCUUAAACUGGAAACUAAGGAAAUCCAGGUGGUGACAGGUCUGGAGAAACUUGCCAUGGGGUCUGGUCCAAAGUCAUCAAUCAGUACCCAGGACCUCCACAGAGGAAACCCGGUCCUCAGCAGCAGCAGGGAAUCAUCCAAGGCCAAGCCAGAGCCCUCCUUCCAGGUGUGGAACAAGGACAGCUCUUCCAAAAACCUCCCAUCACGGCUGCAGAGUAUCAGGAAAAAUUAUCUGAACAUGAACAAGUACAAAGUAUCCUAUAAAGGACCAGGGCCAGGGGUCAAGUGGAGUGCAGAGGCCCUGCUUUGUCACCUCCGGGACCACGUGAAUGUAUCCAUGGUAGAGUCCACAGAUUUUCCCUUCAACACCUCCGAAUGGGAGGGUUACCUGCCCAGGGAGCACUUCAGGACCAAGGCUGGGCCAUGGGGCAGAUGUGCUGUUGUCUCUUCCGCAGGAUCUCUGAAGUCCUCCCAGCUGGGCCGAGAAAUAGAUGAUCAUGAUGCCAUCCUGAGGUUUAACGCAGCACCCACAGCCAACUUCCAACAAGAUGUGGGUACGAAAACUACCAUUCGCCUCAUAAACUCUCAG